AUGCUUACGUUCAAUGUACCAAUUUUUUUGCUUCUUGGAGUAGUGUCUUCGAGUGACCUGGACAUCGAACUCUCUGAAGCCGGCACUAUUGUAGUGGAAACCUCCAACGGUGUUGUCAGAGGUUCGUACGGUUUUAAUCACGUAGACACGAAAAUUCUCUACAGGUUUAGAAGCAUCCCGUUCGCCGAGCCACCUGUAGGUGCCAGAAGAUUCGAAGCACCGAUACCGAAAGAGAAUUGGUCGGGAGUCUUAGAUACAAGAUCGAAACCACCAAUGUGCAUACAAGGAUCGUCUAACGUAACCGGCAGCGAAGAUUGCCUGUAUCUUCAAAUUUGGAGCAACAAACAACCGAAAGCGACCAACAACCUACCGGUGCUGGUGUGGAUCUACGGCGGAGCCUUCUGGUACGGAAACGCCGACUUCAGCGAAUACCGUCCCGAUUUCCUUCUUCAUGAGGAUGUAAUCGUCGUAGGCAUCCAAUACCGUGUCGGUUUCAUGGGGUUCUUCUCAUUGGGCGACAAAGUUGUGCCCGGCAACAACGGAGUCAGAGACCAGGUGCUGGCUUUGAAAUGGAUCAAGGAGAAUAUCAGAAACUUCGGUGGUGAUCCGGAUAAUAUAGCGAUCUGGGGCCAAAGCGCCGGUGCCGCUUCCGUAGCUUAUCUACUGCAAAUCGAAGAAACGAAAGGGCUCUUCAGUAAAGCCAUACUAAAUUCCGGUUCGUCUCUGUCGCCUUGGGCUCUGGCUAGGAGAGCGCCGAUCGUCAGUCGGGCCAUCGCGAAGGAACUCGAUAUUAACGACACGGAUUCAAAAGAAAUAUUAAGAAAACUUAAAGAGGUUGAUACGGAAACUUUACAAAAUGUCGCUACUUCCACAAUGACUUCAGACGUCGUCAAUAGAAAUCCACUUCAAGGUAUCGCUUUCGGACCAGUCGAGGAACCCGAUCACGAAAACGCAAUCAUCACCGGAGGUUCUUACGAAAAACUCCAAAACGGGCAAUUCCAUAAUGUUCCUAUCCUGAGCGGGUACAACUCUUUGGAAGGUUACAUUGAUAACCUAUCAGGUGCACUCAGAUUGUGGUUGACGAAAUACGAUUUGAACUACUCCCUUCUAACACCCGAAGACUUGAAUGCCAGAGGUCCACUUACCAGGCAAAUUCUCGGCAGUAACAUAAAAAUUAGGUAUUUCGGUGUUAGCACUAUAGCAGGUUCUAAUGAACAAAUAAUGAGAUUGAUUGCUGACACGCAAUUCGAGCGACCAAUUCACGAAGCCAUCCGUUUGUACUCGCAAAAAACCAAAGUUUACGCCUACAGAUUUUCCUACCAAGGACCAUUAGGGGGAAGAACCAACCGAACUGUAAACGGUGUUGGACAUACUGAAGAUUUGGGCUACCUCUUCGACUUGGGCUACAAAGGCUCCGAACGAGACUACUUGGUUAGGAACCGCAUGGUGAGAAUGUGGACGAAUUUCGUCAAAACCGGCAACCCAACACCAGCAGAGGACAGUUUGUUGCAGAACGUAAAAUGGCCGGCUAAUACCGGAACAAAGGUCUUACAGUACCUCGAAAUCAAUGAUGAUUUGACCGUCACAGGUCUACCCAACGCUGACAAUAUGAACCAUUGGAGCAACAUGUACAAGAUUUACGGUCGUCCGCCGUUCCACACCUUCUAA